UUCAUUUGCAGUUAUAAAAUCAUCUCCACAAAUAAAGAGCUCCGAUUUUCAACGUUGGAAUGGCGGAAGUGACGUCUCCGGUGGCCGCUUCAGCAGUGAAGAAAGUCACGAAGGAUCCGAAGCCCAAGCCGAGUCAUCCCAGCACAUCCGAAAUGGUGUUCUCAGCCAUCAAGACUCUUGAUGAUCGCAAAGGAUCAUCCCUCCACGCCAUCAAAAAGUACAUGAUUGAGACCUACCACGCGGACACUGAGAGACUCGCUCCAUACAUCAAGAAGUACCUGAAGGCGGCGGUUGAGUCUGAAACCAUCAUCCAGACCAAGGGAAAGGGUGCUACGGGAUCAUUCAAACUGCCCAAAGACGCUGGCAAGGCUAAACCCAAACCCAAAGUCGUCAAUGGAUCUCCGAAGAAGGCUGGGAAGGGACGACCUGCAGGAAAGAAGGCGGAGGCUGACGGUCAGUCGAAGAAGGCGUCUCCGAAGAAAGCAAUGCAACCUGCUGGGGAUAAGAAGAUCGGGAAACCCAAGGCUGAUAGGAGCAAGAGCGCCAGUCCAUCCAAAGCGAAGAAGACCACCAAGGGACCCACUGCCAAGCCCAAAGUUCCCAAGCCGAAGACGUCUGCUUCGCCUAAAGUCAAGAAAACUACCCAGAAGAUGUGAA